AUGCCGCCUGGAGAUAGACCAAGGCAGCCGCCCUCUGUCGUUCGAACUGCCGCAAACCGUGCUGCCCCUCUCACCCCCAAGGUUGCAUCCAAGGGUACUCCUGUUCUCGGUUCGCUCGCAAGGAGACCUCAAGGGACUGCGCCCACGCUUUCCAACGAUGUGGCCUCUCCCGUCUCUGCCUUUCUUGCUACAAAUGUGACUCCUCGAACUGGCCAUAGGCAGACCCGUGUCGACAGCACUAGCAGCACGCCUACCGGCACACCGAACCCGGAUAACCGUGUCGAUGGAUGGGAUCGUGAUAGUCCGCGCCCAGGCGGCCUAGGUCUGAUCGCGUCUCCAGAUAGUGGCCUCAAGCCCUCCGACAUGCCGGCCGAUCUCAACGAUGCCAACAAGUUCUUUUACGCCAGCGAUGCAAAGAAUGCACAGACUCCUGGCCAGCAGCGCCAACCACCAUCCACUAUACAAAAGGGCCCUACCUUCUUCUACGCCAAUGCCGCUCCCAGCAGCGGCGUGGAUCGCUCUGCGACUAGCACACCACAGUCGGCGCCUUUGCUCUCUCCUUCCAACUUAAACGUCCAGGAUCCUUUAUCUACCAAGUUCUUCUAUGCAAACGGCGCGCCUGAGCUAGAGCCCAAGUCAACCUUCUCCGGCUCUAAUUCCAAUUCUGCUUUGUCUUCGGGACCUCGUUUGCAACCUGGUGGCCGCCCUCCUUUGGGCUCCUCUGCAACUGUCGUUGGUGUCGUCCAACGUCCUACAUCACCUCUGAAGAGCAAUCCAGCGCCUACACCAGUACUGAGCCCGAUCCUAAGAACGGCCAUGUCGCCCCCGUCACCGAACAGAUCGCAAACGAGUCCGCCUUCGAUGAUAUCUCAAAAGCCCGAAGGUCAGCGUGGAACGAGGCGAGUUAGUAUUGACGCGCCACCAAAAUCGUUCAGGCGCCAGUCUCGAGCUACGGCCAGCCCCGGCCCAGAGCUGCAGAUGCCUCCGAAAUUGACUAUAUCACCCAAUCCUUCCGAUAGUGCAUCACCACCGGCUAGCCCCGGACCGCUACAGGCGUCCAUGACUAUGGCUUCACUUUUGCAUGCCGCAGAGGAGUUGCAAGGCUCUGAUGAGGAAGGAGACGUGCUGUCGGAGCCGCAGAGCCCGAGCAAGUCUCACCUUUCCGACGGGGUGAGCGAGCUCGUCGCGAACGCUCGCAGAGAACGCAAGGUCCAGGAUCUCGAAAUCACAAACGCAUCCCUCGAAGCAAUCAACAGAACGCUGGAGAGGCAACUUCGCAAACAGACAGCUGAGCUGCGCCGCUAUCGUCGUCUUUCUCGUUCCGGUCGACUGUCCCUCACAUCUGCGCCUAACAGCCGCGUUGUAUCAGAAGCCCUCACUGACCCGGCCGUUGAGCUUUCUGAUCUUAGCGAAAACGAAGAGAGUGAAGAGGACGACGAAGGAGAAGCGGAAUUUGACGACUCCAUGGAAGAGUCGGACGUUUCCAUGGCUGAGACUACGUCCAUGUCUGUCAUUUCUAUGGGCGCUGUGCGUCGCAAGCGUGAUGAGAAACGUUUGCAGCUCGACCUCACAAAGCACCAGGAACUACUGAUUGACAGCCAAAAGAUGAACCAGAGCAUCAAGCGUUGCCUGAGCUGGACAGAGGCGCUCAUCAAAGAAGGGCAAAAGGCCCUCGAGUAUCACGUUCGCGUCUCCGACGUGGAAUUCGGCGGCCGUGUACUCGCUCCCGUCGACGAGGACGACUAUGACCUGUCUUUUCAAGAUACCGAUGACCACGAUUUGACUGUCAAGGAAACAGCGCCUGUGUCACCGCCCAGAGCGCAACCAGAUCGCGACAGUGGCAUCGAGCUGCCACCAGACGAAGAUGGCUCCUAA